UCGAUCGUCUUUGCAUCGAUCGUCUUUGCAUCGAUCGUCUUGCGUCCAUCUGUCCAUCGACCUCUCGACAUCGAGCUCGAGCCGCCUGAACCUCCCAUCCGCCUUUCCCCCCCGACACGCCAACCGACAGCCCCGCAGCCAUGGCCGACCGCUCAACCGCAUACAUCGAGGAUGACGACGAGGACAUUGACGAGAUGGACUUUGAUCUUCCCACCGACCUGGUCAGUAACCUGACCAUCCAGGAUGUGGACGGCCCGCUGCUCCAGCUGGCCGACGGAUCGGACGAGCCCGAAACCAGCCUCGUUCCGUCUGCAUCCGUUUCUGCACGCCGUGCCCAGAUCCUGCAACAGCAGCAGCAGCAACAGCAACAGCUCCAACAGCCCUCUGCCGAGGAGAUCAAGAACUGGGUCUCGAUAUAUCCCGUCAACAUCGAUGCCGACAAAUCCAUGGCCGGGGGCCGACGGGUGCCCAAGGCCGUGGCCGUGGCCGAGCCCUCCAUCGUGUACAUGUUUGCGGCAGCCCAGGCCCUGAACCUGCCCUGCAUGGUCGAAAACGACAAGCGACAUCCCCGCGACCCCUUUGCCUUUGGUCGACUGCGUGUGUGCCUCAAGGAUCCCCAGGGCCAUCCCGUCCGGGCGGCGAUUCCAAACAAGAUCAAGCUGCUCUCGGAGAUUGCCCAGGGAUAUGCUGCCGCCCAGGCCCGCGUGCUCGCCGUCGAUGCUCGCAUGUCGGACGUGGCCUCUGCCUCGCGCUCGCAAGUCUCCAAGAGCUUCCUGGAAGCAGUGGUGCCUCAGGCUUCAUCGUCUUCGUCGUCGGCGACGGCGGCGACCCCAGCCGGAGCGGCUGCAUCGCCAUCGGGUGCCAAAAAGCAAAAAAUCAAGAGAAAGGUCAUCCGGGGCUGAUCUUGUCUCACACAACCCGCUCUCCGCAGAAUAAAGCAUGAGGAAUCGCAGGCGCCGACGCUCGACAGUGGUUGCGGCCAAAGGGAUUGUUGUUGAUUGAUUGAUGAUCAGUAGCCAGCAGCGACAUCCAGCGGUAAGGGCCGGUACUGAUACCCACCCAGCGAUAACUACCAGCAAUGUCCACCAGCAAUGUCCACCAGCAAUGUCCACCAGCAAUGUCCACCAG